AUGAAUAAGCUGCCCGGAGAUGUCCCCGCAACAGCCACUAAGUGGGCCGAGUUGGCAGAGAAGGAGGGUGUUCUCAACACACACAUCCACAAAGAAACAUUGUCAAGUGCUUCGAAGAUCAAAUUGCGCCAGUAUUUGCUUCUGCGUGUUCUUCGCAAGGAUUCGCACAGGUCUAAGCUGAAUCCCCGGCGGCUUGGCCUAGAACCGUGGAUGAGCCAGGCUAAGGAGAUGCUGCAGUCUUAUCCCUCCUGGAACAUCUAUCGCGAGAGCUUUAGGGGCAAGCUUGAGGAGGGGAACUUCUUCUUAGUUAAGUAUUCACAGAUUGAGGCAGCAAAGGUCAAAAGCAACGAAAUUUCCAACAAUGUCAUGUUCUCCCCGGUUUCGAAGCACACGCGCCAAAGCACCCGCGAACGACGCGAAAAGCCCAACUCGACACCAACUAGAUCGAACCUACCUUCGCUUGAGCAGCUCAGUAUCUUUGAUGAAACUACCGCAACAGGACCAGUAACCCCAGGAACCGAGGGUAACGACGAUGACUUCCCCGAACCGGCGUCCAUUUCCACGGGAGGCUCUCUGGGGCCCGAGGAGCUCCUACGCGAAAUGUACCCCCCAGUCGAUGAUGAACAAAUUGUGAAUGUUGCUCUUGUGAGCUUUCUUCAAGCUCUCACGGACUAUUUCCCUUCGCUUGGAAGCUCCUGGACCAUCCACCGGAAGCCGCUCAAAGCCAAGUUCAACGAUGCAGAGUAUGAGGCAAGGACGGACGGAUAUCUUCGAGGAAAAGUCGAUGGGGAGGUUCGUGCGUUGAUCGAAGUGAAAGCAGCCCUCCGGGAACAUUCCCGGCUUGAGAUCCGUAUGCAGGAGGGUGCCCAGAUGGUCGCUUGGCUUAAGAAUUAUCCCCAAUCACCAGGAAAGUUUCCGUUUCGGCGUUUUCAUGUCUCGCAAGAUAGACAUCAAAUUUGGCUAAGCUUUGCCGAAUAUGACGAUGAGUACAUCAGAUACAUUGUGCAUGGUUUACAAGAUCCAGAACGCCCUCGAUCAUUUCUGACGAUGCACGAAUUUGGCCCCUACAAUACUCUCAAAGAGUCACAUAUGACUGAACUUGCAGUUAUCCUCCUUGCGCUCACUCUGCGUGCUGAUCACGAUCGCAAAGUAGAGCAGGAGAGCAAUCCAUUCGAUAACUAA